AUGACUAGUCGUGAUCGCAUAACUGAAAUGUUUAGAUUUCAUAGAAGACCAUCAUUUUCUAAUAAUUUUUCAUUGAAUAAACAAAUUUUAACAUCUAUUAUUCGUCCAAAAACAUUGGCUACUUUACGACGACUUGAUACAACACGAAAAAGUUAUCUUUUUCGAUUUCUUCAUGAAUCUCGAUUAAUUUUCAUGUUGAAUCCACCAUUUAUUAAUUUAGAUGGUGCCAAUCUCAGUUCAAUUAUUAUAGGUUCACUUGAAGAAGGUAUUGAUAUGCGUAGGGUCUUUUUAUCUAAUGUGAAUCCUGACAAUGCUUCAUUUACUUCUGUAUCAUUCGGUAAUAGUGUUUUUAAAUAUACUCGUUUGCGUGGGCCUGCAUUUCACAGUGUAUCAUUCGAAUAUGUAAAUUUUGUUGGUGCACAAUUGCAAGAAGCUAAUUUAAUUGUAACAAAUGUGUACAAAGCUGAUUUUACUAGUGUUAAUAUGAUGGGUGCUAAAAUAAGUCAAAAACAAGUCAUAUUUAUUUAA